UGAGAAAUAUGUAGCUAACCAUACCAUCUCUUACUAAAAUAAAAGUGUCAUAGUUUUCUGGUCGGCAAGUUGUCUGCAACAAUAAUGAUGGACACACAGUACAAGGGAUGGUUUUGACUAGUUUGAGUGAAUUAUCACUGAAGUGUGAAUUUUAUGCAAUUAUUUUCUGUCUUUCUUUUCAAAGGUUAUAAAUUCUUUUGAAAAAUUAUAUACAAGUUACAUACAUAAGUUGGCAACUACAAAUUAUCUGUUAAAGAAAAAUGUGAUCAUCAAGUCAUAUAAAAAAAAAAAAAAGCAUUUGUGCAAGUUAUAUUCUCUUCUUUCAGGUGCUUAGAUUCAUCCAAUCCAACCUAUUGAUGUAAUGGCAAAACUAUGUUUUUAUCUGUCUACCUUCUGUCUCUCACUAUUUUACUUCAUGGCAUGCUUAGUUCUGAGUGAAGUGAACAUCAGCACAGAUGAUGAACAUGCUCUUCUUGCAUUCAAGUCUUCCAUUACUUCAGACCCCAAUAAUCUCAUGCUUAGUAAUUGGUCAACCUCAUCAUCAUCAUCUUCUUCUCUGUGCAACUGGGUUGGUGUUACAUGUGAUUUGGGUAAUGGAAGAGUGAAGUCUUUGAAUCUCAGCAACAUGGGGCUUGUAGGUACCAUUCCUCCACAAGUGGGGAGCCUGUCAUUCCUUGAGGAGCUUGAUCUCAAAGGAAACAGCUUCCAUGGUGAGUUGCCACAUGAAUUGUAUCAGUUGCAACAACUGAAGUUGCUCAACCUGAGUUAUAACAACUUUGGUGGUUUCAUUUUGGACUCAAUAUCCAACUUUUCUAAGUUGGUUUACUUGGACUGUUCAUCAAGUUUCAGCAAAGGAUCCAAUACUAUUCUACCAGUCAUUGGACAGCUUCAACAUUUGAAGGUUUUGAGGUUAGAUAACAACUCUCUUUCAGGAUUCAUUCCACCAGCCAUAUCUAAUCUCUCUUCACUUGAAGUCAUUAGCCUUGGUUAUAAUGCCUUGUCAGGUGAGAUUCCAGUGUCUCUGUUGAACAUCUCUUCAUUGAGGCAUUUCAGUGCUGGCUACAACAAUUUAAAUGGAACUCUCCCUAAAGAGUUGUGCCAUCAGCUUCCUCAACUUGAAUUCCUUCUUUUGGAUUUUAAUCAAUUUGAGGGAACUAUUCCAGCAUCAAUUGGUAACUGCACAUCUCUGGUACUAUUAAGUUUAUCCAAUAACUUUUUCACAGGUCCAAUACCCAUGGAGAUUGAAAAUCUUGGUAAAUUUGAGCAUCUUGCAGUGGGGUUUAACGAUUUGAGUGGACCAAUUCCAUCAAAGAUCUUCAACAUUUCAACAUUGAAAUACUUGUAUCUUUCAUACAACUCUCUCUCAGGUGUUUUACCAUCAGAAAUGGGGUAUACUCUGCCAAACUUGGUGCAACUACACUUAACUGGGAACAAGCUUGUUGGAAGCAUUCCAAAUGGUUUAUUCAAUGCUACUUUGCUUACUAAAAUUGACUUGAGUGAGAAUCAAUUCAAUGGACUCAUGCCUACCGGAUUUCGAUAUCUAUCAAUCCUUGAAGUUCUUCAUAUAGGUGGCAAUAAUUUGACAAGUUCUCAUGAACUUGAAUUCCUUACAUCCUUGACAAGUUCUACACAGUUGAAGCGUAUUGUAGUAACUGGCAAUCCUUUAAAGGCGAGUCUUCCUAAGUCGAUUGGAAACUUAUCAAAGUCUCUAGAACUUUUUCAAGCAGAUCUCUGUAAAAUUUAUGGCAACAUUCCAUUGGAAAUAGGAAACAUAAGUAGCUUGUUGAAUUUAAAUUUGUAUGGGAAUGAUAUAAGUGGACCAAUUCCUACUACAAUUAAAGGGUUACAGAAGCUUCAGUCUUUGAAUUUGAGCUACAAUGAAUUGCAGGGAUCCAUCAUAGAUGAGCUUUGUGAAAUUGGGAGCUUAAGUGUGCUGUCUCUAUCAAGUAAUAAGCUAUCUGGAGUUAUACCAACAUGCUUGGGAAAUAUGGCCUCUCUUAGAAUCGUUUACAUGGAUUCUAACAAAUUGAUCUCAGAGAUACCAUCUUCUUUUUGGAAUCUCAAGGAUGUCUUAGAGGUAAAUUUAUCAUCUAAUGCUCUUGUUGGAGAACUUCCAUAUGAUAUAGGAAGAUUGAGAGCUCUGGUUCUAUUGGAUCUAUCAAAAAAUGAGUUUUCAGGCAACAUUCCUACAACCAUAAGUUCCUUGGGAACUCUGCAAAAUUUGUCCCUGGCAAGCAACAAAUUUCAAGGGUCUAUUCCUGUGUCGUUCGGCGAAAUGGUAAGCUUAAGCUCACUGGACUUAUCUCGAAAUCUUUUGUCAGGUGCGAUUCCAAAAUCCUUAGAGUCACUUGUUUAUCUUAAAUACAUCAACUUGUCUUAUAAUAAAUUGCAAGGAGAGAUUCCUAAUGAUGGACCAUUUGUAAAUUUCACUGCUCAAUCUUUCAUGCAUAAUGAAGCACUUUGUGGUAAUCCUCGCCUAUUGGUCCCUCCAUGUUCUAAGAAAGAUAGGCAAAGAUCAAGGACAAUGUUGCUUUUGGUCAAAUGCAUUCCACCUAUAGUUGUGUCAAUCAUUUUGGUUGUUGCAUUCAUAGUAGUUCUGCAAUGUAAGAGAAAAAAUGUUAAAACUCGUCAUGAGAGAAAUUCAUCAACUUUGGAAACAAGAAGGCUUUCCUACUAUGAACUUGUACGAGCAACUAAUGGAUUUAGUGAGAGUAAUUUAAUUGGAAAGGGUGGAUUUGGUUCUGUAUAUCAAGGGAAGCUCUCUGGUGGGUUGAUAGUUGCAAUCAAAGUGCUGGAUUUGGAUUCAGAAGAAACAGCACACAGUUUUGAAGUGGAAUGCAAUGCAAUGCGUAAUCUACGCCAUCGAAAUCUUGUUAAGAUUAUUAGCAGUUGUUCAAAUGAUGAUUUCAAAUCCUUGGUGAUGGAGUUUAUGCCAAAUGGAAGUCUUGACAAAUGGUUGUACUCACAUGAGUACUGUUUAGAUUUCUUUGAAAGGUUGAGUAUAAUGUUAGAUGUGGCAUCUGCAUUGGAAUAUCUCCAUCAUGGUUUUUCAACUCCAGUUGUUCAUUGUGACUUGAAGCCUAGCAAUGUCUUGUUAGAUGAAGACAUGGUGGCACAUGUAAGUGAUUUUGGCAUUGCUAAACUCUUGGAUAAGGGACAAUCUAAAGUUCAUACAAAGACCUACUUGGCCACUCUUGGCUAUGUUGCACCAGAGUAUGGAUCUAUGGGAAUUAUUUCUGUCAAAGGAGAUGUGUAUAGCUAUGGAAUUAUGUUAAUGGAAGUCUUCACAAGAAAGAUGCCUACGGAUGAUAUGUUUGCUGCAGAAUUGAGCUUGAAAAGUUGGAUUAACCAAUCACUGCCAAAUUCAAUCAUAGAAGUUGUAGAUUACAAUUUAGUACAAUUAUAUGGUGAACAAAUUGAUAAUAUAUUGCCCCAUAUAUCAUCUAUAUUAGAAUUAGCUUUGAGUUGUUGUGUAAAUCCACCUGAAGAACGAAUUACAAUGACAGAUGUAGUUGUGUCAUUAACCAAGAUCAAGAAUUUGUUCACACAAGAAAGCUAAGGAACAAACCUUAAGACAACUUUGAAUUUUUUGCAGUCACAUCCCCCUCUUUCAAAUAUUCAGUUAGAAAGAUGUUAUCACCAAAAUGUAAAAUAUACAUGUGUAUUUUUUCUAU